AUGAAGUGCUCAAUUCCUGAGACAUUUUGGGGCUUAACUACUGAGGAUAAAGAUGCUAAACAGUUCCUAAAUGAUGUUGAAAAUUUAUUUGCUAAGAAUGAAAAGGCGGAGGCAAGUAGCCUUUUGAGCAAACUUGUCUCCAUGGGGUAUAAAGGUAAAGGGAACAUAAGGGAGUACAUUAUGAGAAUUUCUCAUCUUGCUUCUAAAUUGAAAGCACUAAAGUUAGAGUUGUCUGAAGAUUUACUUGUGCAUUUCAUUUUGAUCUCUCUUCCUGCACACUUUAUGCAAUUCAAAGUGAGUUAUAACACUCUGAAGGACACUUGGUCCUUAAAUGAGCUUAUAUCUCAAUGCGUGCAAGAAGAAGAGAGGUUGCAGUAA